AGACGGUCCCUAUUACGUGACCGUCAUGGCGGCGGCCCUCAACGUGAGAGGUUGAACUUUUGAUGUUUGAGUUGAACAGUUGUAAAUGUGGGCUAAUUCGGUUGAUUCAAGAUGUACGGGCUAACUUGUUAUGAGUUGGGGGAUGCACGUAUUUAUACGUUGAAGUAGUAUGGUGAUGGUUUUAGUUAAAUCUCGCUGCCAUACGUUGAAAUGAGCUGUUCAUCCAGUAGUGGAGCGCUACAGCCGGAAGAAUGUUCUGGUAGCGGCUCGGAGCUUCUCCUGCGACCCCGGCUCUUGAGACCGAUCAUGGGCGAAGAGGUGGAGAGCACGCUGGGCCUGUUAAGUUCCGCUAGUGAAGAUGACGAUGUACAGUUUGACACUUCUGACAUGGACAGUGACAGAGAGGUGCUGAUGGCUGGAAGAUCUUACUCAUCUGUUCAAGAGUUUGCCUCUGCUAUCCCCAACCACCUCCUUUUGGGCUCACUGUUGGAGCAUCUAUGCUUGGUUUAUGAGAAUAACCCAACACGUUCGCGGAUGCUGUUUAAAGUCAUUGGACAGCGGCUGGCAGCUAUGAAUCUCCUUUCACCUUUGGCAAUAAGUGAUGAGUUCAGCACAGUGAGACUGCAGCACAACCGGGCUUUUACUGAGCUGCUCCAUGCUGCCAGCUCCUCUCUCUAUCCACAGAGCCAAAUACUAGGCACCAACACUCAUAGUUCUACUGUAAAACCGAUAGAAGGGCUUUUUCAAGCACAGACUUCAAGAUAUCUCAGUGAAUUUGAAGAAGUUUGCAGACUUGGAAAAGGAUCUUAUGGCAAUGUUUUUAAGGUUUUGAAUAAACUUGAUGGACAGUAUUAUGCUGUUAAGAAGAUUCUCAUUAAAAAGGUUUCAAAAGAUGACUGUAUGAAGGUUCUUCGAGAAGUCAAGGUGCUCUCCAGUUUGCAACAUGUGAAUGUUGUGGGCUACCACACUGCAUGGAUGGAGCAUGUUCAACCAGCUGCAUAUCCCCAGUCUUCCCUACCUGCGUUGGAGUCUCCAGAACAACAUGACAGUUCUCAUGAGAAUCAUAAUGACAAUAGCACGGGAUCUUCCAUCGUAUUCCAAAGUCUUACUCACGAACUGUCUGUCGCCUUAAGUGACCAAGUGCAUUCUGCAAAUGGGGCAGCUGAGGCUUUAGUUUCUUCUCCUGUAAAGAACCAAGUGCUGUGUACUAAGCCUAAGCAUCAGCUCCCUGAGAACUAUGUGCCUUGUGUUUUUCUUGGCCAACGGUCUCCCAUCAAGGAGUCAAAAUGUCCAGCUAUGGGUCUGGACAGUUCUGUUAUGUUUGAAGAGGGUUCCAGCAGCAAUAAUGAACUGAGCAACAGCUCCUGCAGUAGCAAAGAGUGCCAGCAAAGGGUGGACAAAUGUGCAAAAACUAUUAAAGAGGUACAGUUUCACCUAAUGCUCUACAUUCAGAUGCAGCUAUGUGAGCGUUCGUUAAAAGACUGGAUUUCUGAAAGAAAUGCUGAACCAAAACUCCAGCCUUGCUUGGAAUGUCCAUUUGCACACGUUGAUAGUGAACGUACUCUCAACAUUCUGAAGAACAUUAUUGAUGGGGUAGAAUACAUUCACUCCAGAGGAAUCAUGCACAGGGACCUUAAGCCUAGAAACAUUUUCCUCCAUGGCCAUGACUGUCAUGUAAGGAUUGGGGACUUUGGACUGGCUUGUAAUGAUCUAAUUGUGGAUGGACGUAAAAACUCAGGUUCUCCCUGCAGUGAUUCCGCACAUACCACAGGUGUGGGCACGUUUGUGUAUGCGUCACCAGAACAACUGGAGGGCUCGCAUUAUGAUUCAAAGUCCGACAUGUACAGUGUGGGUAUGCUGGCCUUUGAAUUAUUCCAGCCUUUUGGGACAGAAAUGGAGAGAGUCCGGUGUCUUGGGGAUCUCCGAGAAGGAAAAAUCCCUGAUUCCUUUUGCAACAGAUGGCCAAUCCUUGCCAAACAUAUAAUGAAACUAACCAAUCCAGACCCCAGUGUACGACCCAGUGCUACAGAGCUUCUGCAGAGUGAACUUUUCAGUAAUAAAGAUGAGAUGAUCCACGGUUUGCAGAAACAAGUGGAAGAGCAAGAGAAGGAAAUUAUGCAGUUAAGGAGAAGAAUCAGUGAACUUGAAAGCUCUAACGUUUCCUUGUCUGAAUCAAAUGAAACAUAAUGCCUUUGCUCUCACAGGAUGUGUAAUAGAAGCCUACAUUGUAUAUUAUUGUUUAAUUGUAUGUGUUUUAUUGUGACAGAACAUGGUGUGUAGAUGAAUGUAUUGGUUAUUUAUUUCAUUAUUUGUCUCAAUUUACCUGAGAAUAAACGGUAAGUAAGUC